AUGAACACUUAUGUAUUUUUUUUGUUAUUUCUACUUUGCAGUCCUGUCCUUAAUGGUCGCAUCAUGGAUGCGGGAGAUUCCGCACUGAGAGCAGCGCAUCGCUCACGAAGCCUUCUUGCAAUGGAACAACAACAUAUAAUAUUGCCCCGUGCAAAUCAUUCUCGUAGUGAUUCACAAUUAUAUUUCAUUUCACCACUGCGAUAA